AACUAGGUAAGAUAUUGACAAACACAUUGAUGAAAACAGAAUAUAAGCAGUCUCGUUUAAAGUCAUCAUUUUCGGACGUUCUAUGGUCGAUACAAUGAUCUUGUCAGCAAACACAAUUUUUUGAGUCAAAUGCUGACUGACGCUUUUAUUAGUCCAUUAUUUAUACGCUGAAUUGACGACGUAUUUUUCUGUUAUUUCCCGAUCAUGACAAAGAGCACACGGCGGAUGUGACCGGUCGGCAGGGGAUGCUCACUCCUCCAUGGCAUCUGAUCCCACCUCUGACGUUUCGGAGGUCCGUGUUUGCUCUGCUCCUCUUUUGUAUUGUUUUAUGGACUUUGAUAUUGAAUACUGUUCGUUAUCUCCAUAUCCUUCUCCGUCCCGUUUUAUAUUCGCCCAACCAAGGGUAGGGUGAAAAGGGAGAAAAUAAAAUGGAGGCAAAAAUUUCUCUGUAUACGAUACUGGUAUGGUUUUAAAAGAUAGGGAUAGAACUAGACAUGGGGCAGUUCUGGAAAAUAUUUAUUAAAGUCUCUGCUAAUUAUAUGCUUCAAGAAUUUUUCAGCAAACAGAUUGUGUAAUUUGAAAGAUAUUAUGUUGAAUACUGGGGAAAAUAUUUUGAAUUAACGGUCAUGUUUAGGCUAUAAUGAAAAAUAACACUGGUGCCAUAUCACAAUAAGAGAAACUACCCGGGAAAAAUAACACAGAAAAUAAAAUUAAUCCUUUCAUAACCAGGCUGUAACCGAGCAACAGGAGAUGAUUAGCUCUUCAUGGUACCUGAUCCAGCCUCCUAUGUUCUUUGAGGUCCCUGUUUACUUCCAAAUGAACAUUAACUUUGUAAACGUUACGUUUUAAAAAUAAUUGUUUUUCAAUUCUUUAGGUACAAGUAAUUUUUUUUAAAAUAAAAAUUAAGGAAACAGGUCAAUUAAAUACCCCUUUAAAAAAUUAACCCAUAUGAAGAAAUCUCUCUAACUAAAGGUAACAAAAAUGUGGUAGACUUAAUUGACCUAAACAAUUAAAUAUACAUAAUCCGCAUCCACAAACAAUAUGUUAAUUAAGCGAUACAUCUAAAGUGCAAUGAUGUAAUACAUCAUGUUUUCGAUCCACGGAGAACAGCUUUCUAUUUAAUCUGGUGGAAACUAGAGGAAGAGACAGACAUGUGGUACUUGAUUAUUGCCAUAGUGUUGGGAUCCAGUGUAAAUGUGCGGGGACAACAAUCCUGUAUAGCUAUUUUCGGAGAAUCGAAUUGUCCACAAGGAACUAGAUGUGUGAAUAAUGUAUGUCGGCCAGGCGGAAAUACGGAUUGUUCCCCGAAUAAUCCGUGCCCUAAUCCAAGAGACAGGUGUAUAGGAGGUAGAUGCGUGAGAGACAGUUCCAAUACAUGCUCCCAGUUUAAUCCAUGUCCAAAUCCAGGAGAUAGGUGUCAGAAUGGAAUAUGCGUACCAGAAAGGACGGAGUGUUCAGCGAAUAUCCGUUGCCGUGAUCCACGAGAUAUCUGUGUAGAGGGAAGGUGUAUUCGAGAUAAUUCCAACGCCUGUUCUCGGUUUAAUCCAUGUCCAAAUCCAAUAGAUCUGUGUCAAAAUGGAAUAUGUGUACCAGGAAUGUCGGAUACAUGCUCCCCGAGAAACCCAUGCCGUGAUCCCCGAGAAAUUUGUCAAAAUGGAAGAUGUGUGCGAGGAAAUUUGGAUACAUGCUCCGCGAGAAACCCAUGCCGUGAUCCCCGAGAAAAUUGUCAAAAUGGAAGAUGUGUGCGAGGAAAUUCGGAUACAUGCUCCCCGAGAAACCCAUGCCGUGAUCCCCGAGAAAUUUGUCAAAAUGGAAGAUGUGUGCGAGGAGGUUUAGGUGAAUGUUCAUUGAACUUACCAUGCCCAAGUGUUUUUGAAAGGUGUGAAAAUGGAAGAUGUGUACCAGCGAUUCAAGGCGAAGGAUGCAGAGCAUGCCGGUUUGAUCCUGCCAGCACCUGUGAAAAUAAUCGAUGUGUGAGGCAACCUGGAGCUUCUUGUCAACUUCGAGGAGGUACACCUUGUUCAGCCGGGCACACAUGCAUAGGAGGGAUCUGCUCCAGAAGUACACAAGGUGGAUGUAAUCCACGCCAGUGUGAGUCUAUUCGUGGUAGCUUUUGUGAAAGAAAUGAGUGCGUGCGACAACCAGGAGCAAGCUGCCAACGGGGAUCAAACUCCCAGCCAUGUUCAUCUGGGUAUAGAUGUAGAAAUGGAGUCUGUACCAGAGGUUCACAAACCGGCGGUUGUCUUGAUUGUGGGUUUACCGGAAGUAUUUGCGAGAAUGACCGAUGUGUGAGACCACCUGGCGCAACAUGUGGAGGCCUCCUUACAGAACCUUGUUCAGCUGGAUUUGUUUGCAGGGAAGGCUUCUGUUCCAAUGGAAUUGUGGAUUAUCCAGCCUGCAUAAGCACUCAAAACUGUCGACCCAAUGAACGUUGUCGAGGAGGGACCUGUGUUCCAGAUGACAUCAUUUCAACACAGUGUAAUUCAAACAAAGACUGUAGGACUGGGUUCCGAUGUGAAAAUUAUAUCUGUGUUCCCGAUGGAAAUCAACCUCAGCGAUGUUCAAAUUCGAAUCCAUGUCCCGUUGGACAACGCUGCAGGCAAGGAACUUGUAUCAGAGACCCGACAUCCUGUAGUGCGUGGAGGCCUUGUCCAGGAGGACAGAUUUGUAGAAAUGGUCGAUGUGAAACUGGUCAAAGUGUUCGGUGUGAUCCUGUCAAUGGCCCCUUUUGUGAGCGAGGUUACAGAUGUAGGAAUUCACAAUGUGUACGCAGUGACUUGGCAGAAUGUAAUAGUCAGAGACCGUGUCAACGGGGAUACCAGUGUCGUAUGGGAAACUGUGUCAGACAAGUGACAUCUCCAUCUCCAUAUCCAUCUACGACUAGAUGUCAAUAUAAUAGAGAGUGUCCCGCUGGUCACGAAUGUAUAGGAAGUGGCGCACAGGCAGUCUGUAUUUCAGUGAUUGUCUGAGCACUGAAUGGAGUUCCAGUGCACAGUAUCAGGAGUAAUGGAUUGGUCACUCAUCAACGAGAUUGAACUGUGUUGUACUUGUAUACUGUGAUCAUAGAGAAAAUAAAUACAUAUAUAUAA